CCAUAACUACUUUGGUUGCCAUUUGCCCAAUUUUAGCCUGGGCCCUAGAAUCUAGUCCUUCGAGUUCGAUCGGUGUAGCUAUGUCUUCUCCUUCCAUGCUAAAAACUGAUGCUUUGAACGUGCUCAGAUGUAUAACAAGGGAGCUGAGAUAUGCCAAGCCACAGUCAUCUCCACGCAACCUGCUAGCCUUUCAGUACCUCAUGAAGCAGUACAGACAAAACCAGGUCACCCAAGAACAAGUUUGCAGAGCACAAAAUGGCUUGUUGCAUAAUGCACAGACCUAUCUGUGUCUUCUUCGCAGUACCAGGGAAUGUGAGGCAUUGAGAACAGAGUACUCACACAGUGAAAGAACCGUUCAAGAGAGUGCACGGCUUGUUGGAUUAGAACUUCCCAAGGUGCCACCCACUGAAUAAAGCAAAAUCAUGAAGUUAUGGAGUAGAUGGACUUAAAGAAAACUCUAUUUCCUUGAAGAUUUGUAGAGAAAUGCACAGGACAGUGGCACUUCUGGAUGAAGUUUGUAAAAGCCGUGGAUAAGGUCAGAAACAUCCGGGCCAGGAUAGUUCACAGUACCUAUUUAUUGGACUAGGUGACUCAUAAAUCCAAGGCCUUCUAUUUAAGUAUACUUCCCUCUGUCGUAAUUGUUAUCUAGAAUGAAUGUUUCAUCUAGACAUCACUAUUGCUCUAUGGCGGCCAUACAGGGAGUAAAAAACAGCGGUUUUAACAUUUUUUGUACCAGCUACAUAUAAAAUUUUCUACUUGCUGUACUACGCCAUAGUGUAGAGCAAAUGUUACUGAGGUAUUAUGAUGGACAAUAUUUUUUCAG